AUGGCAUUCCCCUACACGUUUGUCUCUUGCCCCUGUUCCGAUGCGUCUAACAGAGCAUUGAAGUCGAAGCGAUCCUCCCGCGAUGUCGACUUUGAGGACAUCCAGGACGGUGAAGAGACCUUUGAUCCGCGACACCCACGGUCUGCCUUCUCUCUGUUUCCCCCAGAGCAUCUGUUGUACUGCGAGGAAUGCCACGAGAUCAAAUGCCCUCGUUGCGUGACCGAAGAAAUCAAUGCAACCUACUGCCCAGACUGUCUGUUUGAGAGUCCCAGGGUUAUGGUGAGGAGUGAAGGGAACAGGUGUCCUCGAAAUUGCUUUCAUUGCCCCAUAUGCACGGCCCAGAUGAUCACCACUUCCAUCGGCGACCCCAAAGACGGGCCAUUCAUCCUCAAUUGCAACUAUUGCAUGUGGAGCACCCUCGACGUGGGCAUCAAGCUCGAAAAAGCGACUGGCGUCCGCGGCCAGCUUGAUGAGAUCGCAAAUGGAGGCAAACGCAAGGCUUCCACCUUGAGAUCACAGCCAUACCAAGAUGAUCUCGCACGCAAAUCCUCGCUUUCAAGGCCCCCUUUGUCUCAGGAAGAAGUAGGAGAGGUUGUGGAGGCCAAGGAGAAAACCGAGUCACAGGUUUCUUUAGAUCCAACAGCGAGGUUCAACGCCCUGAAGACGUUCUACAAGGAGCAAAUCGCCGAAUCCUCAGCAACGGACGCAGGGUUUUCCACGUCGGCACUGGACAUGGCUUACUCUUCCCCAUCGUCACUCCAACGGAUCAUGAACAUCUAUACCAACAGAGAAAACUCGCUCAAACGGGCACGACAGAAGCUUACAAUCAUGCGAGAGGCUCGGACGGCGAGCGAAGGAUUCAAGCUGCAUGGCCCACAAAGUGAUACGCCUUGCGAAUACGACGAGACUACAACCAAUGCACAAAGAACGUUACAGAACCCCUCCUUCAUCGGCAAUCCUGAAGCACGUCUCGUCUCAGAUCUCAGACCCAUGCCCACACUUAUGCGCACAAAACGAUCCAAGCGCUGUGCAACCUGCAAACACAUCCUCACUCGGCCUGAGCUGAAGAUCUCGUCUGCGCGGUACCGCAUCAAAUUGAUUGCGCUCUGUUAUAUACCCUUUGUGACCAUCAAGCCGCUCCCUGUUCCAGGCGGCUUGGCCCCUUCUGGCCCGGACGGGAGUGAUGUUGUCCUUGCGGCCGGGAAGCCCGUUCAGUUUAUAAUGACACUGCGCAAUCCACUAUUUGACGAUGUGAAUGUCAGCCUGGGAAGCCUGAGCGUAACGCCAGGAAAGCACGGACAUCGAGUCACGAUCUUGUGUCCACAAUUUCAGAUCGGGAAGAAUAGCGAUGCCUGGGACGAUGCCCUCAACAACCCUCCGACUCAUCAAGCGACGGGAGGUGCCAACACAGCGGGUGGAGAACAGAUAGCGGGCAAACUGUACGACCACGGUCGGAAUUGGGCGAGUGUGGUGAUUGAGAUUGUUCCCUCGAGCAUUCUAAGAAAUGAGGGCCAGGAACUGGACGAGGAUGAAGAUGUCAUUGAAAUUCCUAUCAGAGUCAGGCUUGAAUGGACGGUCACCGAGGACGAAACGGCAGGUAUUGUGGAGAGAAGGAAACGGGAGAGGGAGAAGGUGCUCGAGGACGGCGAAGAGGCGGAUGAUGGGAAAAGAGAAUUGAGUUAUUGGAUGGUCCUUGGUAUUGGACGGGUCGACUGUUGA